UGGCUGCUGGGCGCGCGGGGCGCAGGCCGCGGGGCCGGAGCCGGGGGGAGCGAGCGAGCGGAGGCGCCGAGGAUCCGAUUCACUCGCUGGGGAGACCUAUGGGCCGAAGCCGUGUAAAUGCGUUUUAAGCAGGGGCCUCGGCUCCGCAACUGCCACUCCUCCUCGGGGUGUUGCACAAGUUUCGAGGUCACCGGCGACCCCCCCUAGCAGCGCGCCUGGCUCUGGCCCCCGCGAAGGAGGACGGGGCUUGUGUGUUGCAUACUUUCUAAGGCGGCGGCGGCGGCGGCGGCAGCAGCGGCGGCUGUUCCUGCUCGGCAUGGCUGGCUACCUGAGUGAAUCGGACUUUGUGAUGGUGGAGGAGGGCUUCAGCACCAGAGACCUGCUGGAGGAACUCACUCUGGGGGCCUCACAGGCCACCACGGGCGAGGUUGCUGCCUUCUUCAUGGCAGACCUGGGUGCCGUGGUGAGAAAGCACUUCUGCUUUCUGAAGUGCCUGCCUCGAGUCCGGCCCUUUUAUGCUGUCAAGUGCAACAGCAGCCUGGGCGUGCUGAAGGUCCUGGCUGAGCUGGGGCUGGGCUUCAGCUGUGCUAACAAGGCAGAGAUGGAGUUGGUCCAGCGCAUUGGUGUCCCUGCCAGUAAGAUCAUCUAUGCCAACCCCUGUAAGCAAAUUGCACAGAUCAAGUAUGCUGCUAAGCAUGGGGUGCGGCUACUGCGCUUCGACAAUGAGAUGGAGCUGGCAAAGGUGGUCAGGAGCCACCCCAGUGCCAAGAUGGUUCUGUGCAUUGCCACCGAUGACUCCCACUCCCUGAGCCGCCUGAGCCUGAAGUUUGGAGCGUCGCUGAAAUCCUGCAGACAUCUGCUUGAAAAUGCCAAGAAGAGCCACGUGGAGGUGGUGGGAGUGAGUUUUCAUGUUGGCAGUGGCUGUCCUGACCCUCAGGCCUAUGCUCAGUCCAUCGCAGAUGCCCGCCUUGUGUUUGAAAUGGGUGCCGAGUUGGGACACACAAUGCACAUUCUGGACCUUGGUGGCGGCUUCCCUGGCAUAGAGGGAGCCAAAGUGAGAUUUGAAGAGAUUGCUUCUGUGAUCAACUCAGCCUUGGACCUGUACUUCCCAGAGGGCUGCGGUGUGGACAUCCUUGCUGAGCUGGGGCGCUACUACGUGACCUCCGCCUUCACCGUGGCAGUCAGCAUCAUCGCCAAGAAGGAGGUUCUUCUGGACCAGCCUGGCAGGGAGGAGGAAAAUGGUUCCGCCCCCAAGACCAUCGUGUACCAUCUUGAUGACGGUGUGUAUGGGAUCUUCAACUCAGUCCUGUUUGACAACAUCUGCCCCACCCCCAUCCUGCAGAAGAAACCAUCCACGGAGCAGCCCCUGUACAGCAGCAGCCUGUGGGGCCCAGCUGAUGGCUCUGACUGUGUAGCUGAAGGCCUGUGGCUGCCGCAACUACAUGUAGGGGACUGGCUGGUCUUUGACAACAUGGGAGCCUACACAGUGGGCACAGGGUCCCUCCUCGGGGGAACCCAGGCCUGCCGCAUCACCUACGCCAUGUCCCGGGUAGCCUGUGGGGACUGCAGUGGAGGACUCCUUUGGCCCUGCCCUUGGCUCAGCUCGGGGUUCAGGGAAGCGCUGCGAAGGCAGCUGCUGCCUGCGGAACAAGACGAAGAUGCUGAGGGCAUGUGCAAGCCUCUGUCCUGUGGCUGGGAGAUCACAGACACCUUGUGUGUGGGCCCUGUCUUCACCCCGGCGAGCAUCAUGUGAGCGGGCCCUGUCCCCCCCUCCGGAGAACCCCAGCGGGGCCGCAGAGAUGCCUCUGGGAGAGGUGGGGAGGGCGGCAAGCAGGGCAUCCUCUGGCCAGGACUCUGGUGCUCACUCUGCUGCCCCCACACUCCACCUGUAGUGUUUCUGCCCUGUAAAUAGGACCAGUCUUACACUCACUGUAGUUCAAGUAUGCAACAUAAAUCCUGUCCCUUCCAGCUGUGUCCGCCUCCUCUGCAGCGCAAGCGGCCUGGUCAGUCAGGUGUGGGGGUGUUCUUGGGGUCUCCCUCGGUCUCCUUCCCCCUUUGUAAAUAUGAAACAAAUAAAUAUUUAGGUUUUCUAAUACUCCAGUGGAAUCUAGCAGUUCAAUUCAGAAAGGAGGCUGGAUUGGGCCCAAGGAGAGACCUCCCUACCCUGCAUGGAUGAGCCUGCAUCCACUUCAGUCCUGCCUAUGCUCCUGAGCCCUGGCUCAGUGUGGGCAUCUCCCACUGGCAUCCACCUUCUCUCUUAACUCACCUGUGUCCUCCUCUGAGGCUGCCACACUUGGUGCCAUGAGGAAGGGUGUGCUGUCAGGAUUGGGGUGGGUGGUCAGAGCUGCCUCCCUGCAUGAGUCAUGACUAUCCAGUGGCCUCUGUGUGAACCUGACAACCAGUCUAAGGACUGGGAUAACUGAGGAUUUGAUACAGCAUUGGAAACUCAUAGGAAAGAUAAGGAGUAAAGGGAAGAGUGUCCAGAAGGUUUAUUGUUUUUGCAGUUCCAGUGGUUGAACCCAGGGCCUCACACUUGCUAGGCAAGUGUUUUGCCACUAGGCUGCAUCCCUGGCCCCCCUUCCCCGCCAGGAGGUUUUAAGAAGGUCUACAACAUGUUUGCAUUGCCUUGCCAACCUGUAAGCAGAGUGAGGUUGCUGUGGUUGGCUUUGCUCUGUCAGUACUGUGAGGACAAGGCUGGCUCCUGAGUCCUUCUGUGUCCAGUGCCAACAGCCCUGACAGUUCCUCAGACUGGCAGUUCUUACCAGGACAAAGGUUAUUCUACUACCAGGGUCCAAGCUAUGUGCCUGAGAUGUGUGAGCUGCUUAGCAAAGGAGUUCAGAUUUUAGAUUUCUCUCAGCUGCUAUAGGACCCUAAGAAGAUUUUUCUUCUUAAAUUAAAAAAAAUUAAGAUAUAAUUUACAUGCCAUAAAAUUCAUUUUUUUGAAGAAUGAAAUUAAUGGCAUUUGCAG